AUGUAUGGCGACUUAGCUAAUAAGCUAAUGAUCGAGACUAAACGAUCGACCUUUUUGAGCGAACUACCCAUCUACCUGCAUGAGCUAGUAAAGGAUAUUGUUCAAGAGGUCUCUGAUCUCGACAAGGAUGUUACCUAUCUAACUGAACAACAAGAAAGAGCAAGUGACAUCGAGGACGAAGAUGCUAAGCAAAUAAACCAAUGUCAAAUAUUUGCUACUCAUUUGAGCAUGAGAAGGAACAAGCAAUGUUUAUUAGUUUACGAAAAACUCCGAGCUGAGAAAAUUGAUACAUUAUGUUGGCUAAAUAUCGAUCCAUUCAUCGGUAGCGAGCUGAAAGGGAACGAGAAUUCAAAUCAUGAAUCAAAAUCCUUGUCAGCCAACACACUCAUGAUAGAGAAUUUGAGCCACCCAGAACAGGAUUAUUAUAAGCAAUACCAAGAAUUGGCCCUGGAUUUCAAAGCGGGGUUCUCAGACAUCGAUCUAUCUGUCGACCUUGAACCACCAAAGGAUCUUUUCAUCGAUGUGAGAGUGCUCAAGAAUGGAGGCGAGGUACAAACUGAAUAUGGAUCUUUCAAUCUCAUCAAAGAUUCACAAUUCUAUGUGAGGAAGUCCGAUGUGGACAGAUUGAUUCAACUGGGAUACCUUGAGGAAAUAUAG